CAACGUUCCUUUUGCUAUUGUCGCGACGGGAAGUCGAUAGAUUCCAUUGUCUUUUCAUCCACCACCACGCAGCAUCUCCGUUGCCACACAAGUACAAGGGAAAGCAACAGAAUGGUGUCAAUCAUGAAAACCAAUCUAUCACAUCGUGGCAACCGACUCUAUUGCUAUACGGAAGCAAAGACCUUUAUCCUCGCCAAAGAAGAACCUCCAGACUCCGAGCGUGAUCAAGAUGAAUGCGAUGACCAACAAGAGCGCCGAGCCAAUGUACGAAACCGAGAACCGACCAAAGGCGACAACCCAACUCUAGCGCCAGUAAACCAGAAGUGA